AGUAUAGUCGUGGCUGUUAGUCUUGCCACGUCAUGACACAUGGCUAGCUCACGGAGGGCAGGUGCGUUGAGGCUUGGCAAGCCACACUUGAGAUUUGUACAUGACCAACACCAAAGACAAGGAAGCCAAGGGUGGCGAGGAAGAUGAGAGUGAGCCAAGGUGGAGAAUUGGUGACCGAGUGUACGCUCUUUGGGCAGGCAACAACUGCUACUAUGUCUCUACCAUUGCUGAGGUCAGUGAGGCGGACAGGACAGUGGUUGUCACAUGGGACGAUGCAGACACGUCUCACCGCAGAGUGUCGUUCGACCAGGUCAUGCGUCCCUCUGACGAGACUACUGCCUGGAGCAGAGCAAGGAUAGAAAAGAGAGCCACUGUGCGGCACACGAAGCAGAAGGGAAGAUGUCUCUUCACCAACGAGGCUUGCGAACCAGGGCAAGUGGUGUUUGUGGAGAGGCCUCUGCUGGUUGCGCUGCCAGCUGUGGCACCCAAACUCUGGGAGUGCCUGCAGAAGUUGCAUGAGGUGCAACCUCUCAACCUGGGCACCAUCACUUUUCAUUUUGCUGCGCUUGUCUCCGUGCUCACGCUGGAGCCCGGAGACAUUGACGUUAUUCGAGACAAGUAUGUGCCUGAACCAGAUGAGGAGCCCAAUGAGGAUGUGAUCCGAAUUCUGAAGGCACUUCAGGAUGCAGAGUUGGAUGGAGAGAGCAACAAGAUUUGCAAGCUUGAAGCAAAGAGCUUUCAACGGCUUGUGUCGGCUUGGCGCUACAAUUCUUUUGGGCAUCAUAAAGAGGAUGGCCUGGUCUUGUACAACAGGAUAUCAAUGUGUGCCCAUUCUUGCGAUCCAACGUGCUGUUGGUCAUAUGGAGAUGAAGAUGCUUUUGUCCUUCGGAGCCGUAUGGCCUUGGAGAAGGGCGGAGAGCUGACCAUCUCCUACCUUCAGGACGAAGACCUCUUAAAAAGCACCAGUGUUAGACAGCAAAAACUUCAAAACUGGAAGUUCACUUGCAUGUGUCCCCGAUGCUCCCUCAAAGUGGAUGUUGGACGGGGUAUACGCUGUCAGAGGUGCAAAGUUGGAGUCCUGUACCCACAGGUCCCAACUGGCGGCUUUGAAACCUGCAAGGUAUGUGGUAGCAGUCCCUCUUCAGAGGAUACUCAAAUGCUCUUGAAUAUGGAGGAGGAGUAUGUGGCCCGAGUCGACUCGUUGGACAAGAAGGACUUGGAUGAUGUGCAAACUGUUUACCAGGCAGCCCUCGACAUCUUCGAGAGGCAUUGGAUCCUCUAUGUCAUGGACACUAUUCUGUGGGAAGGCCAAAGACAAAAGAACAUCAUGGAAGCGAUGGAGCACCAGCGCCGACGGAUUGAUUUCCAUCAGCAUUACUAUUUCAGGCCUACCUUCAUCUUGGCAUGGUGUCACGAGGAGUUAGGUGACUGCAUGGUGCAGCAAUUUCCAAGCCGAAAAUGGCAUCUUAUGCAGGAGUUCCAACGAGCAUAUCAAAUGCUCGCCAUCCUGUGUGGGACAACGCACCAGUAUACUGCCAGUCCUUACAACAAGCUGUGGCAGGUUUCAAGCACCAACAAUUCUGCAAAUGCGAAUGGUGCGAAUACCGAAACCAGCGAAUCUCGAAAGCCCGUAGCACAAGUGAGCAUCAGCAUGUAACAUGCCAAAUACGAAAAGAA